AUGAUGAUUUCACAAUCUAAAUUAGAAAUUAAAAGAAUAUUUUCAUUGGAACAAAGAGUUGCCGAGUUAGAAAAUCAACUUUUAAGGGCCUCUGCCAGUGCUUUGGAAAAACGUGUUAAAGAAUUAGAGUUUUCUUUAAAAGAGUCAAACGAAGAAUAUUAUAAUUCAAUUGGAGGCGUGGAAGAAGUGAUAGAUAAAGAAAGUGAUAUUAUUUAUGAAAGAAUUUUAAAACUUGUCGAAACUAUGAAAUUAGAUUGCACGCGAUCAAUAAACUUCAAAAUACCAGUACAUUCCGGACUACCGAAAUUUCCAACAAGACAAAAUUCCAGAAGUAAUUUAUCAAAAGCAUCCACCGCAAACAUUGCCAGACCAAGAACUCCAAGUUUAGCCGGUGCCUCAAGGCCAUCCACUCCAUCCGGUAUUCAAAGACCAAGCACCCCAUCGCCAACAUCAUUAACAUCAUCACCAUCGUGCAUACAGCGACCAAGCACCCCAUCUGGUAUUCAGAGCCCUUCAUCAAUUCAACGGCCAAGUGCUCCAUCCGGUAUUCAAAUUCCUUCGAAUACAAACAAUUAUAUAGCACCAAUAUACACAAAUAUUAACAAUAAUAAUAACAGUGCACCCAACGUCACAUCUAUUCCAUCAAGGCCAAGUACACCUGGUACAAUAUCGCCGCCAUUAACAACAACAACAGUAUUCACAUCACCUAUAAAAACUGCAAUACCAGCUCAUAUUCCAAUCAUGCGUAAUUGUCGUCAAUCAACUGUGUAA